AUGGUAUCUAGCCACCACCCAAGGGGCUCGCGCGUACGCGUCUGGUAUGCGACGACGACGGACAUGGCGGAAGCUCGCACGGGCGUGGUGUCGGCGGCGGAAGAAGCGGCCGAGGGUGGCUUCGUACGGAUGUACGUCUCGUGGGACGGCAUUGCCGACGGCGCGUGGGUGGAUGGACGAGACGAUUGGGAGUGGGAUCGCAGCGGCGAGCCGCGGCUGGCCCCCGGAUCGUGGCCCGGGCCGGGGUUCGUUCCCGGCGCGAUUGAAAAGGUGCACGCUUGGCGGGAGGAGGAGGACACGCUGCUGGUCAAGUGGACUGGUCUCGCGCACAUCCACUGCCAGUGGGUGCCGCGAGAGGCGCUCCUCCAGAACGAGAACAAUAUACGACGGGUCGAGGCGGUGCUCUCUGAGGAGGUGAGCCCCCACGGCGCGCCAUCGCAGUUUCUCGUCAAGUGGCGCGGCCUGCCUCACAGCGCGGCCACCUGGGAGGACGCCUCUGCGCUGGCGUCAGAGUGGGGCGCGGUGGAGCAGCUUCGGCAGCGCGAGGCUGCCGCGCGCGCCGCCACCGCCGCGACGAGAGGUCCGCCCGACCGCGGCAGCUGGGCGUACCAGAAGCUGGCGGCGCCCUCCCUGCCUGGCGGCCGGCUGAGGGAGUACCAGCUCGAGGGCGUCAACUGGCUUCUCUACUCGUGGCACGCGCGGCGCAACGUGCUGCUGGCGGACGAGAUGGGUCUCGGCAAGACGGCGCAGAGCGUAGCGCUGCUCGGCGAGCUGCGCCGCCUCGGCGUGCAAGGCCCCUUCCUCGUGGUCGCGCCUCUCUCGACGCUGGAGCACUGGCAGCGCGAGGUGGAGCGGUGGACCGGCCUCACCGCGCUGCUCUACCACGGGGACCGCGAGUCGCGCGCGGUGAUGCGGCAGCACGCGUGGCGCUGCUCCGAGCCGGGACCGCCGACCUCGGGACGCCGGCCGCCCAAGCGCCUCUCGGGGCUGCUGCGGCGGUGCGGCAAGUGCGACGAGUGCGCGCGGACGGCGGCUUGCGGCGAGUGCCGCGGCUGCAGCCGUCUUGCGGGCGGCGAGCAGGCGCGGGCGGCGGAGGCGGAGCUGCUGACCGGGCCGGCUCCGCAGCCGGGCCAGGCCGCGCCGCCGCGCAGCGAGGAGGCGGCGCACGGGGCGGGGUCGGACCCGACGCCGGAGGACGGUCCGGCGGCGAGACGGGCGAGGUGCGAGCUCUGCCGCUGCGCGUGCUCGAGCGACCUCGCGACCAUCCGGAGGCAGGAGUGGGUGACGGCGCAGCAGCACUCGCCGCCGCACCAGCCGGACGACGACUCGCCGCUUUCUCGCCGCUCGAGCGCGGUGUGGGGCGGCGCGGGUGCGGCGUUGUCGCGCGAGGCGGCGCCCCCCCCAGCGCUGCCGGGAGAGGUAACGGGAGACGAGUCGUCGGAGUCGGAGGUGGAGGCGGAGGGCGGCGGCGGCGAGGCGCUCGUGCGGCGGAAGAAGAAGAUGCGGUGCGGCGAGUGCGAGGCGUGCGUGGCGCCAAACUGCGGCGAGUGCCGCUUCUGCCUCGACAUGCCCAAGUUCGGGGGCGUCGGGACUCUGCGUCAGCCUUGCCUGCAGCGCCGCUGCACGAAGGCGCACCCAGCCUCGGUGGCCGCCGCUUCGUCCUCGGCGCCGCGCUCCGUCACGGUGCUCCCAUCGGUCCCGCCGGCGCUGCUCGGCGCCCCUCCUGUCGUCGCGCGGCCCGCACCGCUCAAGUUCGACGUGCUGGUGGUGUCGUACGAGACGUUGCGCGACGACUUCUCGCUCGGCUUCAAGCAGAUAAGCUGGGCGUACAUGGUGGUGGACGAGGCGCACCGGCUCAAGAACCCGGCCUCGUCCGUUGCCAAGCUGCUGCGCGCCGUCUCCGUCGACCACAUGCACUUGCUCACGGGCACGCCCCUCCAGAACACGACGACGGAGCUGUGGGCGCGGCUCGGCGCGGACCCGCGUGAGGCGGCACGAGGAUGCGCGAGACCAGCCGAGUACGGCGCCCUCACCGACGCGGCGCAGGUCGAGGCGCUGCACGCGAAGGUUGCGCCGCUCCUGCUGCGGCGGCGCAAGGCGGACGUCGAGGAGGGCCUCGCGCCGCUGGAGGAGAGCCACCGUCGGGAGACGAUCGUGUGGGUCGAGCUCACACUCGCGCAGAAGCGGGUCUACCGCGCGAUCCUCGAGGGGAAGCGCGAGCUGCUUGCCGGCAAGGGCGCGAGCCGCGCUUCGCUGCCGUCGCUCAACAACAUCUAUAUGGAGCUGCGCAAGUGCUGCAACCACCCGUGGCUCAUCAAGGGCGUGGAGGCGGAGCAGACGCGCGGCGUGGCCGAUGGCGAGGCGCUGCAGCAGGCGCUGCUCUCGUCGUCGGGCAAGCUGGUGCUUCUCGACAAGCUGCUCCCAAAGCUGAAAGCGGAGGGCCACCGCGUGCUCAUCUUCUCGCAGUUCACGACGACGCUGGACCACGUGCAGGACUUCCUCGCCUGGCGCGGCCACGCUCACGAGCGGCUCGACGGCACCACCAAGGCCGCCUUGCGGCAGGCAGCCAUCGACCGCUUCUCCGACCCUGCCUCGGACUGCUUCGUCUUCCUCCUCUCGACGCGCGCCGGCGGCGUGGGCAUCAACCUGACCGCCGCCGACACGGUCGUCCUCUUCGACAGCGACUGGAACCCGCAGAAUGACGUGCAGGCGAUGGCUCGCUCGCACCGGAUCGGCCAGACCAAGCGCGUGCGCGUGUUUCGGCUCGUGGCGCGCAACACGUACGAGGCGGAGCUCGUGCAGAGCGCCAACCGCAAGCUGGGCCUCGAGCGCGCGCUUCGGCAGCAGGGCGGCAGCAGCGAGGCGGGCUGCUGGCUGCGGGACAGCGAGGGCGGCGACAAGGGGCCUCGGGAUGCGGCGGAGCUGGAGCGGCUGCUGCGCGCCGGGGCGCGCGACAUCUUUCUGAGCGACGAGCGCGGCGAGGACUUCCAGCGAUUCGACGAGAGCGACAUCGAGCAGAUCCUCGCCGGCGGUACUUUGGUGCGGCACGACAGCGCCGCCGCCGGCGACGGCGACAGCCUCUUCUCGAAGGCGUCCUUCGUCGCCAACGCCGGCGAGGCGCGGCUCGACCUCGACGACCCCGACUUCUGGAGCAAGCUGCUGCAAGCGCAGCCGCCGCCCGAGGCGGCCGGCCCCGAAUACGCCAAGCGGCAGCCGAAGCGGACGCGCCGGCUCGGGAUGGUCGACCUUGACGCGGCGCUGGAGGACGUCGCGUUGCCCGAGAGGUGA